AUGGCAGAGCACUGUCAGCGCAGCAUCCUGUCGUGUGCUCGGUGCCGCCGCCGGAAGAUCAAGUGUGAUCGUCAGCUGCCGUUGUGCUCGCAAUGUGUGGCCGCCAAGAGCGAAUGUACCGGCACGUCAACACGAGCCCGGGCGCCGUCGCAGCCGGCAGACGUCCCGCGCAGCAUCGUGCAGCACCUCGAGUCGGAGAUUGCCCGGCUGGAGACGGAGCUGUUGAAGGACGGCCAGCUGGAGGUCGUCCAUGCGUCCGAUAUUCUGCUGGAGAUGGAGGGGGGAGGCGAGCCGGAAUCAGUGCCAGCUCUGGCGAGCAGUGUGCCCUCUGCAACCUCGCUGCCUCUCCGCGACUCCAUCCUUCGAAGCGGAAGCCUGCAGUCGGUCAUUGAGGCCACCCUGCCCUAUGGCUCGGGCGCAGCCGACCUGCUGUCCAAAGUGCGCAUGGGCCUGACCCCGUCGUCGGCCAAGGUGCGUGAGCGAAGAGGAGGAGGUUCUGGCUCUGGUUCUCUUCCCGGUUCCGGCCCUCUUCCCACCAAAGGUCGCUCUCCCUCUUCCACCCCCACCACCCACUCCCUUCCGGCUCCCAUCCUCUGCAGCAUCCCCUGGGAUAUUGUGCAGCGGCUUCUGCGCAAGUACCUCAACACAAUCCAGCCUGACAGCCCCUUUCUUGUUGCUGCUACCGUGGUGCAUCAGUUCCAGGCUGUCGGCGAGGCCCUGCAGUCGCUCAAGACACAGACACCCCCUCUUUCGGCCGACUUCCCCCCCCGUGUCCUCCCUUCUCACGACUUCCUCGUCGUCUAUCUCGUCCUCGCUGUCUCUGUCACACUCGGUACCGCCAACGAUGGCCACGAGGCCCGCUGCAUGGCCCUUUCGGCUUCUCUCUUCGAGGAGGGCAUCCCCCAUCUGUCCGGCCUGGCUGCCUUCCCGUCCGAUCUGGCCUGGCUGCAGACCAUCCUUCUGGUCCUGCUGUACGCCACCGUCUUUCCGCGUGCUGCUAAUGUCUGGGUCCUUUCUGGUGUCGCCAUGCGGUCCUGUCUCGAGCUGGGUCUGCACCGUGUCGAGAGAACGGAUCACCACCCCGAUCAUGACUACCACCCCGACCACGACCUUCCUCGCCGCGUCUUCUGGGCCGCCUAUUGCAUGGACCGCUCCAUCUGCUCCGUCCUGCAGCGGCCACUGUCCACACCCGACGCCGCCAUCAACGCCCGUCUGCCGGCUGGCCGUCCGGAUCACCAUCCCUUUCUCAGCUCUGUCGCCUACCAUCGCCUUCUAUCCGAGAUCUUGCACGUCCACUUCCACCGAGAGCCCGUUCCUGCUGCUCUCUCUUGGGAUGGCUGGCUCGCCAGCAUGGAACGCCGUCUGCAGGAGUGGUAUGACGGCCAGGAUCCGACUGAGCAUCUCCACUCGGAUCCCCCCACUCUCAACCACCCAGGCCACCCUCCCCGUCACACCCUCCCUCCCUCCCUCAUGCUCGCUCGAGGCCUCAUGGUCCUCCAUCGACCCUCUCCUCGCGUCCCUCAGCCGCAGCCGUGCUCGCUCCUGCGCGCUUUUGAGGCUGCCACCUCUGCCGAGCGCAUCCAUCGCGACCAUCUCUUGCGCGGCGUCUUUCGCCGGCCCUGGCUGUCCGCCCACUAUUCGCUCGAGGCUGCCACUGUCGUGCUCUUCUGUCUGCGUCACGGCUAUGCUGCCAUUGCUGCCCGCUUCUCCGCCGCCGACAUCUUCGACAUGGCCAAGCUGCUGACCAGCAACCUGCUCGCUAUCGCCUCUCACGGCUGGCCCGAAGUCGGUGUCUAUGCAGGCGCUUAUGAGCGUCUGCUCGGACCUCUUCUCGAACGUGUCUUUGGUGGCCUUGGUGCCGGUGGCAGCGGCCUCGACCUCGAUCCUGCUCGCUUCGGCCCCGCACAGGACGCCGAGCUCACCCGCCUGCUCUACCCAGGCCCUGCCCACCUCGAGAGCCUGCGCUUUGGCCUGCGUCAGCCCCAGCAGGAACUCAGUCCCUUCGACUUCAAUCUUUUUAUGAUCGAUGACGACAUGUGGGACCCUGGCCUCCUGCACAGUGACAUUCAUGACGGCAUGGAUGCUUGGGAUAUGCCCCAAGACAUGGCCCUCGAGCUGUGA